CCGAUGGUGAUGCCGCCAACAUAUCAAUCCCAAAAUUAUUGAAUAAUUUCACAGCCAGCAAGCAAGCUAGAGAGAGAUCGUGUUGGCUUAGCUUUGUUGACAAUGAGGUAUCUAGUAAAUAUAUUCGUGUGGCCAAAUCUGCUUUCAAAAAAAGUGAGCUUUAAGCUUUUGCCUCUUUUUGUUGCCUUUUUGACAAAACUUCUGCAUGCUGCAAUAUUUUCUUCGUCGCCACUGUUGGGAAGUACCCCGGCUGGCGCUCAUGAAGCUGCAUGGAAGCUGGCCUUGGGUACUACGAGCUAGAUAUCCCUUCAAUUAUUCUCGAGGGAGAGCUAUACUACGAUUAGUGGACAUACACGUUUGUAAGUGUAAAGUGAUUCUGCACUUGCAUGGCAUAGCAAGGACUCUUUUGAUUUAAACCCUAUGUAUGGAUAAGGUUUACAUAUGAAAUUUCAAGAUUUGUUACGUUGCGUAUUUGAGUAUUGGGGUUCAUUUUGUUGUCUUGGGAUUUAAGUAAAUGCCUUAGUCUAUUUCCUAUCCUUUGGUGGCAGGAUCGGCCAAUGAAUCGUAGAGGCCUUGUUACAGAAUUAAGACACAGUUGAAAUGAAUUUUUAAUUUAAUAAAGACAUAUUCUACACUUUUUAGGAUCAAUUCCCUUGAGUAACUCCUAACAAUUAAAACAAACAUAUGUCACUCUUUUACAGGUAAAAAGAAGUUGUGAUAGACUUUGGGUGUGUUUUUGUACUAUUUUACACCUUUUAGUGUUGUUUUGUGUUUUCAAGGUCACAAUGCACUCAAGACGAAUAUGGAUCACCAAGAGACCCAAUGGACUAGAGAGAGGACGAGAUUACAAGCACAUGAGCUCAAAUAGAGUUGGAUUUGGACAUCAGAUUCUCAUUUUGUGGCAAAACAAACAGAUAUGGUGGUGCAACAUGUCCAAUUUUGUCUGAGAUCCAACUUGAGUUAUAUAAGUCGAAACAAGUCAAAUUUGAAGGAAAGGUUGCUUGUGGCCAAAGAACUGAUCCCAAGAUGAAAAGCAAUGUCGGCCUUAACCACCAUCCAGCCGCCGGUCGGGCUCCAUAAGCUUCUGAAGGACCUUAGUUAGUCCCCAAGUCAAAGGAAUCCUUAUAAACAAUAAAAAGAAGUUGGUCAUGACACUCUAUUUAUAGUGUUUAUCCCUUCCAUGUUUUAUAUAUUUUCCCUUCCAUCAAUGCAUGUUUAGUAGUGUUCAUUCUAUUUCAUAUGGAAUUCAUAGCUAUUUGAAUAAUGAGCCUAUGAUAGACUUUGAGUGUGUUUUUGUAUUAUUUUACGUCUUUUGGUGUUGUUGUGUGCUUUUCAAGGUUACAAUUCAAUAAAGAUAAAUAUGGAUCACCAAAGGAUCCAAUGGUUCAGAAGGUGGACGAGAUUACAAGCUUAUAGGCUCAAACAUAGAUGGAUUUGAAUAUCAGAUGCUCACUUUAUGGCCAAACAAGCAGAUUUGGUAGUACAAUAUGCCCAAUGUUGAUUUUUGAUCAAAGUCCAACCAGAAUUAUAUAAGUCGAAACACGCCAAAAUUUGGAGGAUAAGUUGCUUGUGGGCUAAGAAACUGAGCCCAAGAGGAAAAGAGGCGUUGGCCUCAACCACAAUGCAUCUGGCCGUUGCUCGGGCCCAAGCCCUCCAGAAGGACCUUAGUUCGUCCCCAAGUUGAAGGAAUCCGAGUUCAAGUAGUACAAGGACUCUUGCGGCCGUCUUUUAGGGGAAAUCCCACCCUUUUGUAACUAGUAUAAAUACGAGGCUAGGCUAAAUUUUUAUACACUCGCCCAUUGCAUACUCUGCCCCACGAGGCACGAGUUAGCUCUCAAGAAGGAAUAGAAGCUCUACACCAAUGAUGCCGAUACCAUUGCCGGUGAUAACUUCUCUCUCCCUACCGACGUGAUAGCUUGAGAUUGUUUAGGAAUGUGAAUUCUAUGAUGCUCAUGUAUCUUUCAAUGAUUCAGUAAAAUGUUGGUUUCAUUAGAUGAUGUUUGUAUCAUUGAUGCUUAUUCAUCUAAUGCUUUCUUUCGAUGCUUAUGAAUCUGUCGUAUGCUACUAUGGCCAUUAUUUAUAAUAUCAUCGAGGAUGUCAGGAAACUACUUUCUUUAUAUCUCAUGCAUGUAUGGAUUGAUCGGCAAUCUAUUCAUGUAUGCAUGCUUGAUAGCUAGAUCAUCGAUGCCAUAGGCUAUGAGUUAGGACUUAAGAGGCCCACACUUAACCAUAUUCUAUCCUUAGUUACUUGCUCUUCAUUAAUUGGUUGAUGGCAUGAAGUGAAAACACACAUUAGCUAGUUAAAUUCCUAUCUCACGUGGUGAAAAGCUCAGCUAGGUUGGCCUUAAUGGAAUGGAUGGGCAUCAUAAUAGAUUAUGUAUUGUGGCAUCUUAUUAAUGAGUUAGUAUGCAUGAUCAUCUAAGAAAACAUAUCCGUAAAAAAAUAUUGUACUUGCUUGCAUUGUUUGCUAUAUUCUUGCAUUAGUAGAGUAGUAAUUCGACCAAGGGCACCUCAACCCACUUGUUUUAUUUUUCAUUGCAUCCUCAUUUGACAAAUCUGAUUAGAUUUGAGUAGUUACUAACAGAAGACCUCGUGGAAUACGACCCUAGGCACUCCUAGGAUUUAUCACUUGUUUACUACAAAGUGGGAUGACUGGUUGAUGCUCGAUUCCCCCGCCAAGUUCCUAUUUGGUCUCUGCACAUGCAACAUCGAGAAAUGUACGAGAGAGUCAAACAAAACUAUGAAGCUUCUUGAUUUCCUGGUAGGGCUUGAUGACAACUUCUCAAUCAUGUUGAUCCACCUUCUUUCUCUAAAACCAACUCCAAGUAUGGGGAAACAUAUCAUAUUAUAUCUAAUGAUGAGUGAUUUACGUAAAAUAUAUGGGGUAGUUUGGAUGGAUUAAUUGAAUUAGUUAUUUUAACAAAUAACUAAAAUCAUUUGGAUCGAAAUAAUCCAUUUGGCAACUAUUUGUGCCAAAAUAAUCCAUCAAUCUGGAGUUGGGUUUUAAUUUUAUUAUGUUUAUUGAAUGUGGGGUUGCAUGAAUCUCGAGUUGGGCUCAAAUUCUCUGUUUUUGGAAUUGGAGAUUUGUGCUAAGAUUUGAGGAUUGCAUGUUUGGUUUUCAACUAGUUGAGGAUUUGCUGAAAUUGAAUGUUUAAUUUUGGAGGAAGCAUGAAGAUAGGAGGAAUUAGACGUCUAUGGUGGGAAGGGACUGUGUAAAGUGUGAAGGAAUGAAGGAUAGAGCAAUAGUAGUUUAUGGAUAGACAAAGUAAUUAGCCGCCAUGCAUGGUGAAUCUUUUGAGCGGUUGUGGUUAGGGAUGAACAAAACAAACCGAAAAGCCACCCACCCGUCCAACCCAAAACGACCCACCUGUGAUAUUCAUAAAUAUCUAAUUGCAUGGGUGGGUGUGAUUUUUUUUUUUAAACCAUAGUCUUAUUGUUGGGUUUGGAUUUGGAUGGUUACAUUCCCAACUUAUCAAAACUGACCCGUGAUACUACAAUAUAUGUUAAAUAUAUAUUCCUCCAUAAAAAAUUUCUCAUUUUAAUUAUUAUACAUGUCUUUUGUUCACAUAUAGUUCGUGUUGAUAAAUUGAAACCAAUCAUUUAUCAUAGUGUUUUCUUAACAUAUCCUCUCUUUAUAUUUUAAUUGUUUUAGUUUACUACAAUGUAUUAAUAAGUAAAAUACUUUUUAUUCUUGUAUUUUUUAGUGUGAUUGCAAUAUGUUACUACAAUAACUUACUUAUUUUGUGGUUACAUAUAGUGUCAUAUAUGUAUUAUUUGUCGUAUUAUAUUAUUAACGUAAACGUUUUAUUCUCAUGUAAUGGAGUGGAUUUUCAUCCAACCCGACCCAAACCGUGAUGCAAGAAAACCGCAAGGUCUUGAAAAUUAUCGGUGGGUUUGGGUUCACCAUUAUUCAAACCAUGACUCAUGGUUUGGGUGGUUAAAAUGAUGAAAACCGACCCAACCGACCCACGUACACCCCUAGUUAUGGUGGGGGAGAAAGUGAGCAGGUUGGGUUUUAUUGAGGAUGAAUGGGAAUCAUUUUGUGUUGUUUGAGAUGAUCACUUGAUGGAAGAAAAGAACGGGGAAGAAGGUGAAAUUGGACAAACUUGGCCGGCUUCUGUUUCUUUUUCUUCCUUCCCCCUUAUUCUAGGUAUCUAUUGAACUUUUCUUCUUCGUUAUGUUUUCAGGCAGUGAGAAUAGUUGAGAUGAAUUUAUGAUAAGGGCAAUGAACUUUCUAGAUAAUGGGAUGUAUGAAGGGUAGUAAGGUAUUUUUUGUUUUAUUUGAUGAAAUACCACCAUUCUAUGACACAUUUUGCGGUCAUUUCUUCGUAUAUCUUUAACCAUUUUCACUAGGAUUCGUUUGAUAUUUGCUCUAAGGUGCAUUUAGUAGCUUUAGGUGUGUUUUUAUACAUUUGACAUAUUUUUGGGUGGUAUUUUAGUGUUUUCAGGCCUAGCGCCCAAGUGAAUCAUCAUGUAUGAGUAAUGUACAACGAGACUCAUGGGAUGGAAGUCAGAAAGGGAGCUGGAAGGCCCAAACCAAAAUGGCGGUAAGUUAAUAAAUACUAAUAGUGAAUAGAUUACGUAAUUCCAAUACUAUUAUUAAUAAUAACUCAUUUUUAAAGUUAUAAAUAUAUUAUAUGUGAUACACAUUUAAAAUUUUAUUUUUUUAGUUAUGAACUUAACAUGCUAUAAUUUUUUAGUUCAAGUGGAAUUUUUUUAUGUAAUUAUAAUAUUACAUAAAUAAUUUAUUAUUUUCCUUAUUUAAUUACUUUUUUGGUUUUACAUGCUAAUCAUUUGGCCGUUCAAUUUUCUUAUUUUGGUUUCUUCAGUCCUUUAAUUUUAAAUGGGAUCAAUUAAGAUAUUCAAUUUGUAUAGUUUGGUUUGUUAAAUCUUUUAUCUCAAAUAAGAUCAAUUAAGUUCUACACUAAUAGAUUUUGAUGAUAUUUUGGACCAAUGGUGAAUACUGAGUACAUUAAUUUAUUUCAAAUGAUAAUUUUUUUAGUUAUAAAAAUAGAAUGUGAUAUAAAAUAUUUAAUUGAUAAUUUUCUCUUUCAAAAUUAUAAAUUUAACAUGGUAUAAAAUUUUAUUUCAUUUUGAAUAAUCUUAAUCAUAACCAAAAAAUUUAUAAUUAAAAUAAUACAUUAAAUAUUUUUCUUAUUUUUAUUUUAUUUUUUGACAAUAUAUUAAUGGAACUUCGAACCUGAACACCAAAUCAUGGAUCCCUCCCUACUCGAGUUGUUGGAAUGUUCAAUGAUGGAUCAUACAGAAUUUACCAAUACGACCCUCAAAAGCAAGCCCACUCAUAUAGAUUUGGAUUUUGCAAAAAUUCAAAUAUCGUGUGAUUAAAAGAUGGGGUAGCCGAGAUUUUUUUUUAUGAAUAAUUGACCGAGAUUCAAACACAAGUGAUACGUGUAUAAUUAUACAAAUAUUUUCCCUUAUAUUUUGGCUGUUUCUUUGUUAUUUGGGUUGGAAACACCAUUGUAUAUGUCAAUUUUAAGUUAGGUUGUGUCUUUGUGUCAUAUUCAAGGUCGUCGUACCUAGAGGAGAAACCAAGACCAACAGUUCAUGAAUCACGAUCGUGAUUUCCACCUUCCAGGCCGUGAGAUGUUCUUGAAAAUCAUAGUCAGCCUUAGGAAAAUCAAUAUUGUGCAAUAUGGAGAUAAGCUCGUGAAGUAGUCUGUGUCAGAAGACAAUAAUCACAGGCAUGCAUAUGAAAUUCACGACUGUGAAUUCCCAAAAGUUCAUGACUGUGAUCUCCUUUGAAGACGAGUUUUGGAGAAUCACGAGCAGGAACACGAGAAUCACGAUUCUAUACCUUGAUUCUGUCACUGAUGGGUAUAAAAGGGCUCUAUGAAUUUAUGAAAGGGAAUUCGAGUUUUUAUAGCAAAAAAUGAAAGAGGGAGAGCCAUACAGAGAGAAAGCGACUUCUGAAUCAAUCUUAGGUGUGGAGAUCACUGAUGAGAAGACGAAUCCCAUCACCACCAUGAUGUUUUCAACUUCUCUGCGAAUUUCUUCUCUCUAUGGAUUAGACUCUCUUCUCACUUGGGUAUGAGGAACCCUAAUUUUGAUUGUUUGAAUUGGAUUGUUUGACACUCUACUGAGUUUAAAUGAUAAUUUAUAUCCUAUUGAUGCAUUAUUCAGUGAAUAGUUUGAAUCUUUCAUAUUCUUAUGAUUUAUGCUUUACAAUAGAAGAGAUAAUAUCGAAUAGGUUGAUUAGAGCAACAUAAAUUGGAAAUAGGAAAUCGAUUAUAGGGAGUGAACCGGUUCACUGUUUUGUAUUGGACUUCGAUCCAAUAGAAAUAUUUAGACUGCAUUGCCUUGGCAGAUUGUCUUAGUCGAUGAUAAACUCUCUCUAAGCAUUAUAUUCAAGAGGAACGAUUGCUUUGGGCACGAUAAUCAUGAACGGCAGAUGGAUGCAUAUAUGGUCGGAGACCACAAAAUCAAUUGCCAAAAUGAGGUAAGCAUGAAAGGCCGUGUCACUCGACCCUCUCUCGGUUUAGACAAUCGGUAGUUGACUUACUCCCUCACACAACUCUAAGGUCGGUCGACUUAAUCGCGAUUAACCGGUUUGCUUGAUUCAAUAUUGAGGGUUUCCCUAACUUAACCUAGUUUAGGUGGCCAAUUAGAUUGCUAGCCGCAACAUGCACUAACCUAAGGGUGCUAAGCACAAUUAUGCACAAUCCUUAGGUUGCUAAGCACCUAAAUGCACAAAGCUAAGGAUGCUAAGCACAAACCACGCACAACCUCUAAGUUUCUAAGCACAAGCAUGCACAAUCAAUCAUGAAAAAUACCUCAAUCAUUGAAUUAAACAAUACCCAAUGACAAUCAUUCAAUUCACAUAAAAGAAAACUACAUGGUAGAAUUAGGGUUUCAUAACACCCAAGUGAAAGGAGGUCUACUCCAUGCUAGAAGUGGGGAAAACAAAAGGGAAAGAGGUGGAAGCCAUCUUGGAGGAUGCUCACAGUAUUCUUGGCCCUUGAGUUGAGCUUUCCUUGGAGGAAAUCUUCCCAAAAUCUACCUUGAAGCAAAACCCAAGCCUUCCUCUCCCUUUUGUUCGUGUUUCUCUCUCUAGAAUUCAGAAGAAGGCUUCUCUCAAAAAAUGGGCUCUCUCAUCUCUCCUCCUUUCAGCUCAUCAUUUAAACCAGAGACGAGCUGAGUUCACGUCCGUGAACCACGAAACGCGUCCGUGAACUUCAGGCUUGCGCCAAAACGCGCCGCAUUGUUCACUUCUGUUCACGGUCAACUGCCUUUGUUCACGGUCUUAGAGAUCGUGAACUCACCAUGCAUCAAUAACCUUCAUUUUGGCUCUGGACACCUCGCUUGCAUGACCGUGAACUUCCCGGGAAGGCCGUGAACUGGCCCUUUUUCACCUCUUCUCUCGUUUUUCGAUCCUUUUCGCUUACUUUUCACUCCGAGGCUGGUUUCACCUGUUGAAUCCUGAAACACACUAAAACACGAGGAAACUAGCGUAAAACCAACCUUUUAGGAGUGAAAUUGGCACAAACACCUAAGUAAAACGGGGGUAAAACAUGUACAAUUAGGUCCGAAUCAGAAUCACUAUCUAAAUGAAUUUUCUCCAAGUGAACUUCGAUCAAUUUACAUACUACUUUGUCAAUCUAGAAUUUUUUGUUGCAUUCAUCUUGAACUUGAACUACUAGAUAUGAACUUAGUUUGAUUAAUAGUACAUCUAGGGCCCCAAGGAUUCAAUAUUUAUUACCUGUGCUGCUAUACUAUAGUACCUUUCAUUGGUUUCACUUACCCCAAAAGUCGAUGACAUACAAUCAAACAUCAUGCAUCCGCUGAUAGCUGCAAAUACAUUUGGGAUGAAGACCAACGUGAUCUUUGUUAUUGAGAGUUAUAUCCGGUUUACAACAUGAGCACUGAGGAAGCUCGUGAGCAUAUCUAGCAAUUCGUGGAAAUGACAAUUUGAAUCAAGAUCAUUGGCGUAUCCAAGAAUGCUCUUUGACUAUGGCUCAUCCCAUUCUCAUUGGGUGGACUAGCCAAGAAGGGGCUCACAAACCAACGUCCUUUGUCAAUCGUCUCGUGGACAUAUUUGAUAGAAAAGUUCACAACUCGCUACUUUCCUCCAUCCAAAAUAGCUCAAUUGUGACAGACGAUCAAUCAAUUCACCCAUGAAGAGGGAAAGACCUUAUGUGAUGCGUGUGGAGUGCUUCAUUGCUAUACUGCUAAAAUGCUCACAUCGCAAUGUUUAUAUUAGGUAUCAAGUUUCCCUUUUCUACAAAGAGAUGUUCAGAGAAGAUAGGCUUCUCCUUGAUUCUCUCUGCCCAAGAGAUAUGUUGAAUAAGAAUCCACCCAGAUGAAUAAACUUUUCGAAGAUAUGGCUGCACGUGAGAAUUACCAUGGUGCGAGCAGAAGAACAAAGGGGCCAAAGCAUGGUUGUGUGUUGUCUAUGGAUUCUCGCACAAUGCUUGAAGCCAAGGUAAAGGGGCUCAUUAAAAGAAUGAACAUAGUAGAUACCCCUUAUGCAAUCCAGCCAACCAACCAGCUUAUGCAGUGUGGGUGGUACCAAACCAAAAAACCUCAAUCCACCCAGUUUCCAAGCUUCAACACUAGGAUUUCAAUAGAUGCAACAAUAAUUCCAAAACCUGUUUCACUCUCACAACAAGUAAAGGGAUUCUUAAUCCCCCCUCCUAACAAGGUUUCUAAACUACUUGAAGAGAUGAUGAUUUAGUUUGUCUGCACUCUGAACCAACAUACCAUUCCUAAUCAUGAGGAACCGAGGGAAGAUUUGAAGUCUAUGACAUUGAGGAGUGGGCAAGAAAGCAGAGAUAUUUCUGCACCUCAGCAACCCGAAGACGAAAAAAUUUCUCCACCCACACCUACGACAACCAUAGAAAAGGAGGAGGGUUUGGUGCAUACUCCAAUGCCAAAGUUAAAACCUGUGAUGGCAGAGUACGUGACUCUACUUCCAUUUCCCAACAUAUGCACCAGAACAUGCUUGAGGUGGAGUUUUCCAUGUUCAUGACAAAGCGGAAUCAUAUUCUUAUCAACAUCUCAUUCAUGAAGGCGAUGUUCUAGGUUCCCAAGUGUGUUGAAUUCCUCAAAGAUAUCCUCACCAAUAAGAAAAGGCUUGGGGGACCUCUCUAUGGUGAUGCGAAAUGAGAAGUGCUUAAUAAUUAUGCAGAACAAGCUUCCCGAUAAAUGAAAAGACCCAGUAAAUCUUAAUAUCCCUUUUUUUAUGGGUUAUUUGCAUGGAGAGAUGCCCCUGGCACAACUAGAAGCCAACAUUAAUGCCAUGCCAUAUAAGAUGUUUAAGAAGUUAGGCCUAUGUGAACCAAAAUCACUAGGAUGAGUAUACAGCUUGUUGACAAUUCUAUUGUGCAUCCUAGUGGAAUAGUAGAAGACCUCCUGGUUAAGAUCAACAAAUUUAUAUAUUAUGUUGAUUUUAUGAUUUUGGAUAUUAAUGAGGAUGUGGAUGUGUACUACCUUAGGUAGGCCCUUCCUAGAUACCUCUAAGACAUUGAUUUAUGUGCAUGAUGGGUAAUUGAUUAUGAGGGCUAGGGAUGAACAAAUUAAUUUUUGCCAUUGCUGAUAAUCUAAAACAUUCUUGUAUGCAUCAUGAUUUGAUUAUUGUGAUAUGACUUCUGAUUUUGAGAAAACACUUGCCUACAAGAUUGCCGAAACUCAUGAUUCUCUUGAGAAAUUUUUUCUAGGAGAGCAUGCAUAUAACCAUCUCCAACUGGUAGAGAAACUGGCACCAUUAGAUGUGAUGGUUACAAAGGAGCAGAAACCACUAGUCGAGCCACUCUCUAAAUCUUCUCGGAUCACCACCUCCACAGAGGAAUCUCUCCCUAUCCACCUUGAGUAUGCCUUCGUGAGGGAGAGAUCCAAGAUUCUGAUCAUAAUUAGUUCAUCUCUUACUCCUAAGAAGAAGGCCAGACUGGUGGAACUGCUGAAGAAGCUCGAUAAGGCACUAGUUUGGAAUAUUACUGAAAUAUGGGGUAUUAGUAUGUCCUUAUGCUCUUCCAAGAUUCAGAUAAAGGAUAACAUCAGGAAACCGGUGCAACCUCAGAGGAGGCUUAACCAUCAUAUGAAGGAGGCAUUGAAGGCAACCGUGAACAAGUUAUUGGAUGCUAGGGUUAUCUAUCCGUUUUUCAAUAGUGAGUGAUUAGUCUUACUCAGGUUGUACAAAAGAAGGGAUGCAUGACUAUGGUGCCUAAUGAGAAGAAUGAGAUGAUCUGCAUGCGCGCAAUGACUGGAUAGCGAUUGUGCAAAGAUUACCACAGGUAGAAUGAUGUAGAUAGGAAGGAUCACUUUCGUUUUCCUUUCAUCGGCUAGAUGCUUCAGAUGCUCAUUGGCAAUGACUUCUACUGCUUCCUGGAUGGUAUGCCACAUUUUCAUGAUUCUCAUAGCUCCAGAAGAUCAGGAUAAGACCACCUUCACCUACCCAUUUGACACUUUUCUUACUAACAUAUUCCAUUUGGGCUAUGUAAUGCCCCUACCACUUUCCGUAGAUGCAUGGUGGCUAUUUCCGACAAGUUGCUGGGUGAUAUCAUUGAGGUUUUCAUGAAUGAAUUCUUGAUAUUUAG